AGAAGAUAGAAGCAACUGCAGGUGUCAUCUACAGUACAACUCCAUACACAGACACGGAAGGGUCAGGAGAAGACAUUACCAUGACAGCUACAAAAGAAUCUCUUGAGCAAAGCACAGUGUCCCCUGACAAAACAGAAAUGAAAGAGGCUGUAACAACAUUGGAUGUCUCAAGUGCAGAAUUAUCCACAAGGACCACACCAUUCACUAAUGAAACUGCUGUCACAAAAGCAUCUCUGUCUAUUAGAACACCUCAGUCAAUAUCCUCAGAGUUAGGCAGUGGUGACAUCACAGAAGAGCCAAAAGUAGAAAGUGACUUCACAGUAGCUGAGAGCUCUGGUGACCACACCAUUGAUUUUACUUCAGAAUCUCCUGUAACUGAAGCUCCUCUUGUGUCAAGUGCAGUUAAAACAGACAGAACAAUUACCCCAUCAUCACUUGGACUGAUUACCAGUUUCACAAGUCUGGAAUCAACUAUGGAACCUGACACAACUCAAUAUAAAGAAACGGUCAGCACUGUGCAUCCUUCUGUGGGACCAAGUCUAGCUUUGAAAACGACCAUCUCCCCUUUUACAGAAGAAGGCUCAGGAGAUGAAACAACUGGAAUGUUUACAGACAGAUCAGCAGUAACAAAACUCCACGACUUGUCCGGCGCAACUCACACAAUUGAGACGUCCACAGAUAAAAGUGUCAUCACAGAAAAGACAACUGCAGCAAUAGAUGUAACAGAAGGCUCAGGAGAUGAAACAACUGGAAUGUUUACAGACAGAUCAGCAGUAACAAAACCCCACGACCUGUCCGGCACAACUCACACAGGGGAAUCCUCCACAGAUAGAAGUAUCAUCACAGAAAUGCCAACUGCAGAAAGUGAUGUAACAGAGAAGAUAGAAGCAACUGCAGGUGUCAUCUACAGUACAACUCCAUACACAGACACGGAAGGGUCAGGAGAAGACAUUACCAUGACAGCUACAAAAGAAUCUCUUGAGGAAAUUACAGUGUCACCUGACAAAACAGAAAUGAAAGAGGCUGUAACAACAUUGGAUAAUCUGCUGUAA